AUGACGCUGUGUGACCGAGACCCUAACAAACGUGAUUGUGCCACAGCCCCGGCUCUAGAGGCUAUUCAAUAUCUCCCUCCGGCUCACUACAAGGCCGAGUUCAGGCAGACGAACCCUUGGCGUGAUGGUCCAGGGGAGCACUCCGACCAUGUCGACGUUGCGUGGCACAAGAUUGAGCUUGGUGCAGGCGGCAUCCGGCUAACCGAGGAGGAAGUCCUCGCGUUGAACUACACACAUGAGACAAUUAAUGACCCCGCGCGGCCACUUCAUAAAGUGCCUGACGAACACGGUGGAGGGUACCUAGCCAUGCUCGAGGUAUUCCAUCUGCUACACUGCCUAAACACUUUGAGAAUGGGUCUGUUUUAUAACUACGACCAUUACAAGAACCUGGACGAAGGCGUCCCUGAUGAAAACAUCUACACACAUUUCGACCACUGCAUUGACAUGCUUCGCCUGCAACUCAUGUGCACCGCCGACGUCACACCGGCCCUCUUCUACGAUCCCCUCGACAACCCACUGCGAAGGGAUGCUCUCCCUGACUGGUCCUCUCAGCAUACUUGUCGCAACUUUGACGCUAUCUUGGAUUGGAACAAGAACGGACCUCGUGCGGUACGGUGGCGCGACGCCGGGGCGAACCCGACCUGGGAUCCAACCCUUGAGGGGGCAGACCCGCCGUUCCCACCGGAGAGUCAAGAGGGUGAGGCGGGUGAGGGUCAUCAUGCCGGUGGUCAUCACCAUGGCUGA